CCGCCCCCGCCCGGCCCCGAGCGGCGCUCCCGUCUGGCAGCCGCGGCGCUCGGCAGCGCCUCUACUGCGUGCGCUCCAGUUGGUACGGCCCACCGCGGGGAUCAUGGCGAUUGAUGGUGGAGAACGAACUUGUGGUGUACAUGAGCUAAUCUGCAUUAGAAAAGUAUCUCCUGAAGCAAUUGGAUUCCUGUCUGCUGUCGGGGUAUUCAUUAUCCUCAUGUUACUACUUUUCCUAUAUAUUAAUAAGAAGAUGUGUUUUGAAAAUGUUGGUGGUUUCCCUGAUCUUGAUUCAGGAUACACUACAAGAAAGAAUUCACAAGAUAAGCUUUGUUAGAAUAAAAAUGCACGUUCCUUCCUCACUCAGUUGUCUUAUUUUUGAAAAUAAUGGAUUUUAUUGUGGCUAGUUGAUGCUGCAGUUGAUGAAAGACUGUCAUUUUGCUGGUUGAUUAUGGAUUCAUUUCAAGAUAUUUAUUUAUGCUGCGUUCUUAUUAUUUUCAAUGUGUAUUGAAUGGAAAGAGCAAGCGGCAGCCUCCUCUGUUAAAUGUGUUGAGUUUCAGGUAGCAAAAGCAAAUAGUUGUGAAACAGAACUUGAAGAAAUGGAGCUGAUCUGUUUAUGAAACAGAAGAUCUUUCUGCAUAUAUAUAUAUAUAUAUAUUUUGCCACUGAGUAGCUUGGAAAAAAAUGGCAUUUUUCAGAAACUUCCACCAAAAUCUGAGCCUUCCUUCUGUGUCUUCUCUGGUGGACACUCUUAGCAGUGCUGUAGAUGAUCUGACCAGUGUUGUUGGAGAAGUUGGCUAUAGUGUAGCUGAUUCAGUAACAGAACAGGUAACAAACAUGAUAAAUGGCCUUCGUGCAGAAGAUGAGAGCUCCAAAAUGCAGAAUGAUAAACCAGCACAAGACAAAGAAAAUGCACCAUGGUUAACUGAGCCUAAGGAAAUUAAUAUGAAAGCAAAGAGAGAUAUUGCAGAACAGAAGGAGAUUCAGUAUUCCAAUUCCUUAGAAGACACAAAUCAAGAUGGAGUAUCCAACCAUGUUGUGGGUGAAAACCAGUACCAAUUAAAAGGCAAAGAUAGUAAUGAUUGCUUAGAAGAUACAGAAGUACCUUGGGAUUUUAAGAAUGUAGGAAGACCUCUUAAAAGGGAAGCAGUAGGAGGAAAUGACUAUUUUGGAAAUGAUAAGUUAUUGAAGGAUAGUAGCCUGAAAAGUAAUAAAUUUACAACGGAGGAAUCUAUUGAGAAACAAGAUAGUUGCCUACAUACAGCAACAGAUAAUUCUAAGAAUCACUUGCAUAAAAAAAUCAAGCCACGUUCUCCUGGAAUUGAUUGUAAUGAUUCUGAAGAAGUGCAUGGUAUGAAUGUUCCACGAGAUUUAGAAACAAAAUUUGUUGAAGUACAGAAGCAAAAAUUAUCAGACUCGAGCUUGAAAAUGCACAAUAAUCAUCCCAGUUGCAUUAAUGAAAUCAAAGAGAAGUCUGAAGCCUUUUUUGACAGAAAAGAAAAAUCCAUAAUAAAAGAUGAAGAUAAUGCAUCACCUACUAUUGCAAAAGUAGGUAACAAGAAGAACUUGAAGAAAUCAGAGAAGAAAUCAGGAGGGCUGUGUAAUAAGAAGACAGCAGGAAAAGACAACUCUUAUAUGAGUAAAGAUCAGCAUGGUUCAUCAUCUGAGAGUGAAGAUGAAGCACUGGGUAAAUAUCAUGAGGCCUUGUCUAGAACCCAGAGUUCCAGGCUGCCAGUGGUGGAUGGCAGACAGCAAAAAAACUAUGUAUGGGAAACCAGGCAAAAAUAUAGCCCCCUGUCUGCAGAAUAUGAUGGAUACAGUAGUGAAGCCUCAAUAGAUGAAGCUAACUGCAUUCAGAGGAUGAGAAGAACGCCUCCACUAGAUGAACUGCAGCCACCUCCAUAUCAGGAUGAUAGUGGUUCUCCUCAUCUAUCAUGUACACCUUCUGAAGUUGGAGACAGUAAAUGUGAAUUUUCCCAGUGUAGCAACAGUCCAAGAUGUUCAUAUAAGUGUCCAAGUGAGGGAAGCACGGGACAUGAAAUAGAAAGCUUCCAUAACAAAGGAUAUGAAGAGGAUGUACCAAGUGAUAGUACAGCUGUCCUUAGUCCAGAGGAUAUGUCAGCUCGAGGAUCAUCUUCACAGCUUCCUAAACCUUUUGAUCCUGAGCCAGUAGCUAAAUAUGGCACACUGGAUGUGACUUUUGACUAUGACUCACAGGAACAGAAGCUUUUGGUGACAGUGACAGCUGUCACAGACAUUCCCACAUACAGCAGGACAGGUGGAAGCUCGUGGCAAGUACACCUAGUUCUUCUCCCCAUAAAGAAACAGAGAGCAAAAACCAGCAUCCAGCGGGGACCGUGCCCUGUCUUCACGGAGACAUUCAAAUUUAAUCACGUUGAGUCUGAGAUGAUUGGGAAUUAUGCAGUUCGCUUUAGACUCUACAGUGUACGUCGCAUGAAAAAGGAGAGGAUUGUGGGAGAAAAGAUUUUUCACUUAACAAAAUUGAAUCUUCAAGGGAAAAUGUCAGUGCCAGUGAUAUUGGAACCUUCUUACAGUCUGUCUGGUUGUGACUCUCAAAUGAGCAUGUCAGAAGUGUCCUGCAGUGAAAGUACCUCCUCUUGUCAGUCUCUGGUGCAUGGCUCAGCUCCAGAAAUCCUCAUUGGCCUCCUUUAUAAUGCUACAACUGGAAGAUUAUCAGCAGAAGUGAUAAAAGGCAGCCACUUCAAAAACUUGGCAGCAAACAGACCACCCAAUACUUAUGUUAAAUUAACACUCCUGAACUCCAUGGGGCAAGAGAUGUCCAAAUGCAAAACUUCAAUCCGACGAGGACAGCCAAAUCCAGUGUACAAAGAAACCUUCGUUUUCCAAGUGGCACUGUUUCAGCUUUCGGAUGUAACGCUCAUAUUGUCUGUAUAUAAUAAGCGCAGCAUGAAACGAAAAGAGAUGAUAGGGUGGAUAUCCUUAGGUCUCAACAGCUCAGGAGAAGAUGAACUCAAUCACUGGACUGAAAUGAAAGAAUCUAAAGGACAGCAAGUAUGUAGAUGGCAUACUUUACUAGAAUCUUAAUGAACAGUUCAAAGCGCAGUUGUGGUUUUAAGGGAAUUUUGUCUUUCGAGGUGAUGAUCUUUUCAAGUCACAAUCUGCAGAUUUGUUGCAGAAGUGAAAAAUGAAAAUUGAGAUCAACAUUCCGUCUUAAAGAGUGCACAACAUGCAAAGUGGUGGGAUUUAAUAUAUAAUCUUCACUUAGUAUCAAACACUUCCUUGGUGUCAGAGGAGCCUUGCUGUAUGCAAAUAUGUUAGCAGCCCCUCCCCUAUCCACCUGAUGCUGUAUUUGUUUGGAUAUGUUUUGUGUUUUUCAAUUCAGUAAUAUUUAUGUGAAGUUUUCCAAAUUGGUGUAAGCUCCUUAUUGUGUACUUUCUGUAGUGCUCUAAUACUGUAGCUUCUGACCUGCCUGCAUUCAGAAAAAGGGUCAAUAAUUUGCACUAUGAGAAAAAGUUAAUGAUCUGUAAAGCAACAAACAAACAAACACCAAUAACAAACAAACAGAAAAAAACACUGGAGAAGAACAUUUAGUAAUAUGAAUACACUAUUACUUUACCCUGAGUUUCUUUCCAGGAGCUUAGUAUAGUUAAAUUUUCAUUUUUGAUAUGCAGUUGGUUUGAAAAAUACUAGCAUUUGGGCAUCAGGUGAACUUUGACAUAAAAUAAAUGUUUCUUCAAUAUGUGACAGGAACAAGCUCUAUAUAUGGCAUAAAUUGGGUUUUUCCCCGUUGCCUGUACUUAUUCCUAAUCCAAAGAGACCAGAUCAUUAGUUUGGUCCCUUCCAAAUCUCCUUAGACAGGUUGUACUGUAAAACUAUGUAACUUUCUGUUGAAAGCACCUCCUGUGUUCAUGUAUUCCAAUGUAGGAAGCUCAUAGAGCACGAUUUUACUAAAAUAUUUUUGUGUUAAAUAAAUUGAUAUGAAUUUCUUUAAAAUGUCAGCAGUUAGAAGCUAGGUUGAAAGACUGAAGGAAGUGGCAGCAGCUGAACAACACAGAACGAAUGAGAAAUAUUACAACUUCGGUUAAAGCUGACAUCCAUUUGAAACUCUUCUGAGUUUUAGGGACUACUUAGUGCUGUUUGUUGGAAGUAUGGAGCAGAUCAGGAGUUUUUACCUUUCUUCUUAGAGACAACAGCAUUAGUGAGUUUUUGUGUUGUUUUUUUCUUUUUAGUGAUUUGCCAGCAGUUGAAUGAAUGUUCAUGCCCAAAAUAGACAUUUUCUUUGUUUAUGUUCAGGUUGGGAGGCACACCUUUCUAACGACACAGUUGAGAAGCCACAGUAUCAGAAGGAAGUUCUCCAUCUGAUAAACACUCCUGGCUUCCACUGAAAUAAGGGAAAUAACUGUACUUCUGAGACUCCAGUUUGUCCCAGAUAUUUUAAUGUGAAUCACACAGAUUGUCUGACUGCUGAACCCAAUUCAGAUUAGUGAAAUUGUCAAUCACUGAGUAAUUGUUGUUUUUAAAAGCUUCCCAAUUCAAAUACUCUAGUUGCCUGUAGUGAUGUUUCAUUUGCUUUUAAUUGUUGCUGCUUGGAAAGCUAGCAUAUUUGUUUUUCUCAUAAAUGAUGUUGAUGUCUUACUAGUAUGAAACGUCAUGGACUGUUUUAGCACUUGGUAGGUAGAGUGACGUUUAGGAUUUUGUUGAGAGAAUGAGUGGUAGCCUAGAGCAUUCUGAUUAGGACAAUUUUUUUUUUUUUUUUUUAAGUUGAAUUUCUUUAUAAUACCUUUGAAGAAUCCUGGCUUUAGGAUAUUCAGUCAAGUAUAGUGAGAUUGCAGACAGCAACUAUUGUAUAAGAUAUUUCAUGUAGUUCUCAAAUUCUCACACUAGUUAACAAUUUCACUAGGGCCUUUUUAAGGAUAUUGUAAUUCCACUUAGUUUAUUUGGUGCCUUCUGAUGGGUUUGUUUGCAGAGCAGAUUUUCCGGUUUUAAAGAUUUAAGAUUUAAAGAUUAGCAGGCCUUUUAAAAGUUAUAAAAAUAUAAAAUUUAAAAAAUGUAAAUUUAAAAUUAAAAAAAAAUUAAAAAAUAUAUAAAAUUUAAAAAUUUUAUAUUGCACUGCUGCUUCAUUUAUGGAAGCUUUAUUUACUACAUAGAAAUAAUCCCAAAACUCUUUAACUAGGAAAGAUCUUGCAGUGCUACAAUACAGAUUGUUUCUUCUAGUCCUUGUUGUUGCUCAGUCUGUAAAGUGCAGUGUUGAGUGUAGCAUUUAAUUAAAAAAAAAAAAAACAUUAAUUUUAUAUGCAUAAGGAAAUUGCUCAGAUUUUUCCCAAUCCUUUUAUCUUUCCUACAAUAGAAAUCCUGACUUAGAAGCUCAUCAAAAGCAAUUUUUCAAUGGACGUGGAAACAUUUUCACUCAUUCUGUUCGUCGAUAUUUGGAUGCUUUUUCCUAAAGCUGAAAUACGUCUCUUAAUGAUUGUCUCUUUGAACAGGCUUUGCUUUGUAAAAUAAUGUGCAGUAUUUAACAGCAGGAACUGAAGAAGUUAAUUCUAAUGGAGGAUGUAUUAAAUGUUGCCACUGAACAGAUGAAGAAGCCAGUUUGGAAGGUGCAGCAUAUAACCUUUUACAGAAUCCAAACUAAACUAGCUAUGUCAUGGCUUGGGUUUCUGUUUGUAGGUUGCAUUGUUUCAGUUUUACAUGUAAUCAGUCAGAUUUCUAAGACACUGAAACCUUAAUUUAGACACAGCAGAGAUUUAUAAUAAUCUCUGUUGGACACAUUUGGGAAGAGGAAUCUCUUUCCAGAUUAUGUGACUCUUCCCAUGGUAUCUGGUUCCAGUUUGUGCUUCACAGAAGCAAGUUUGGCUAAUUUGCAUUUAUUUUGUACAAAGGCUGGAGACUGUGUAAAGAAUGGAAAUGAAUAUUUAAUUUUCAGGUGGUAGAAUAUUGAUUUUCUGUGUAAAACCAGUCACAGCAAUAAUUGGAUUCACCCUGGCAUUUUUAUGAAUUAGUUACAGUAUCAGUAGCUGUCACAUUGUUCUUUCUUCAUAGAUCCCAUUCUUAUGCUUUGUUUGUCAUUUUCUUCUUCUUGUUGCUUUAAGUGAACCAAUACUUUCCCAUCUGAAAUCUGCCUUGGAUGUAUAGGACCCUGCAUAGGGGUUUAUUCUUAAUACUGGUUUUUGUGCAUUCAGCUAAGUCUGAAGCGUGGAAGAGAAUUUCUAAAGAACAAAGUGUUCGAAACAAAUAAGAAAUGGGCAUUUGUGUUUUUCUCAGACUUGUCUGUGUUCUUCAUAGCUUUUUGUUGCUUAUCUUUAUUCAGAAGUACAACUGGUACUUGGAACAGUUUACCAAAUUAUUUAAUUGCUUUUCUGUUUGUCAAUAUACUACAUAGAGAUGAAGUUUCUUGAAUGGAAUCUGUUUCCUGCCAGCAAAAGUUUAACUGUAGAAUAGUGAAGUUCUUACAGGCUCUAUUCCUGAAAAUAUUCCAUCCUUUCUGCAUAUAAUCUAAUUACUUCUAGUGUUUAGAACAUUUCAAAUAGAUCAUCUUAAAGGUAAACUCUUCUUAAAGAUAAUAAAAAUGGGAAAUUUGGGUUAGUUCCUUUCACAAUCUGUGGUAUGGGCAAGAUUGCAAUCUGUGCAGAAGUGUGCAAUCACUGUUCAGGAGGAUGAGAGAGGAUUUGCAGCCCCUGUAGGACAUUGCUGUCACCCACAUAUUUGGAGACAUGGAGUAAGCAGAGCCAUGCUUUCACUCCCCACUCAGGGGGUAGCACUGAUGAGAUUCAAAGGUUGGUAUCUGUGGUGCUGCAUCAUGCUCGGGGCUUCAGGGGCAGCCAUGCUGUAACCAGACAUCAAGUCUGGCAGCAAAGGCAGAAGCCAGGCAAGAUAUAGGUUCUGCUACUGGGGAAAUGUGAUAUAAUUUUUCAAUCCAAUUAUAUUUAAUAUCCUCUAUUCUAAUUAAUAAUUAGAAUACAAAAUAAGGUGAGCCCUUGGGGUUAAUGUAUUUGCUGUUACUGGAGCGGAAGGUUAUUUACUAAUGGAAGGAAUACUCAAGCUGAAAACUAUUUGGUAUUUUUAUUGGCAUUUCUCUAGGAAAUAUUUUUACCUGUAAAUUCUUGCAAGUGUUCUGAUGGCAAAUGCGGUGCUUUACUUUUUUCAGAGUUUUGAAGCAAUGUUGUAUAAAAUUUGUUUGCAUUACUGAUUUAUUCUCUUUACUCCCCAAUGACUUGCUCUGGCUCCCAGCACCUUGAGAAGCUAUCUGUGGCAGUCAGUGGUGCUUAGAAGUCGAGGGCACCCUGCACUCUUACCAUAACGUAAUGGUGCAAAAUCCUGUGACCUGUUGAACUGUCUAAGAUUUCUGAAAUGUGAAUCAUCAGUUCUAAUAUGAUGAAGCAGAAGACAAAAACUUUUUUUUUCAUGAAGACUUUUUAAUGUAUGAAUUGAGUACAGGUUGCUCUUAACAUGUAUGAAUUCUAACAAAAAGUCUAUGGUAAAAUAAGAGAAUCCUGUUUGAGGGGAAGCCUUUUGGCCUGAGCUGUUCCAGCUUGAAACUAACAGCACAAUGCUUUUUCAUUUAAUCCAGAGUUGUGCUGAGCCCUUACUCAUCACACUUUUCUGUAGGAAAAAAGUGCUGUCUUGUCUAAAGCAGGCUUUAAUAUUACAGCUUGUCAGUUGCAAGGCAGAUUGACUUCAUCCUUAAGCUGAAUUCUCAGUAGCAAUUCAACAUUCAUUUAAUUCUCUCACAGAUGUGCAUGCAUACCUGCCAUUAAUGUCAAUGAGAGGAACCCAUGGGCAUCAACAGGAGAGAAGACCUGACCCUGAAAAGUGUUACAUGUGGUAGGAUCAGUAGAUUAGAGAAGUGAUACAGCAUGGCACCUGCAGCACAGGCAGAUGAGAUUCCAAUGAUGAAUAGAUGUAAGAAAAACAAAUAUCAAGUACCACCACAAAUUCAUUAUUUAAUCCUUUACAUAUCUCUAAUCUUUGUUUCGUAUUUUCCUAUGAAUAUAUAGAAUAUCUUAAAAACUUAAUAUUGAAAAUGUUAAAGCAGUCACCAAACAUCUUGAUUGCUUGCACUGGAAUAUUCAGCAAAGUUUAUUGUUAGAACAAGCCGUCAAGAAUUUUCUAUUUUGUUGGUCUACUUAAUGAGUAGCCAGAUCUUGCAGUUUAUCACAGCUGGGUUUCAGACUACUUUGUUCUGGUAGUAAUUUUGUGAGGGGAAAGUCACAGGAGCAUUUGUUUCAGUGAAAUGAUGCCUGGUGAAGAGAUGUUAUCUGAGAGUGAGAGCAUUAAAAUAAGAAAUGGCUUCACACAGUGGUAGACUCCCAGUUCCACUCCUGGAACCUCGUGGUCCUUGGAGGGCCCUUCUCAUAGAAGGCGUCAUGUGCGUUGUAGGAAUCUAUACAUGCAAAGCUGCACAUGCUGCUCUUUGUGGGAACCUUAGGGCUUCUAACCUAGAGUAUUUUAGAGAGGAAAGAAGAGUAGGUGAGUGUUUAUGUGCAGGGUGAGUACAAACUGGCCUACAGUGAUGUGGAUUAGUUUAGCCUUAAGAACUUACCACUGCCCCUCCGUAAGUUCAAGCAGGGUUUCUUCCUUUCUGCAGACUAUGCAGAAAUCUUAAGCACUUAAUGUAUUUGUUUGUGUUAUGCCUACCUGAAUAUGGCACAACUGUUCUAAUGUUAGCAAGCUUAGUGCAUAUUUAACAUGGUGUAACUGAACUAAUAAGUUGGUCUGAUAUUUGCUGGACCACAUUUUGCUGUGCAGGGUUUUGCUUGAGUAAUAUAGAAUAAAAGUGUAGGGAGGAAUAGGCCAGGGUUUAGGAAAGUGGAUAGCAUUGCUGCUUUAGGGAUGAAGACCAAGAAACAGCUAUGCCCAGAAAAUGGGCUGUUGUUCACUUCUUGAAAGCAUCUGCUGAUAGACUGGUACAAGGCCUCCAAAAGCUGCCUGUCUCUGAGGGUAAUGCUCAGGAGAGCAGAAGCAGUAAUACCAUACUACUGAAGGAAUACCUUGUGGACAUUCAGGGAUGUAAUUGAUGUCAUCCUCCUUCUCUUAUAUCUGAGGAUGGGAGUCUUGCCCAUUGUAUCACGUUAGUUCCUUUGCUGCAUUCUGCAAAUCCUAUGGGCAGUCACUGCAUGCCUGGGGUUUAAAGUGGAUCGCUUUAUAACUUUUGAUUCAUUUUCAAAGCAUGAUUUUGAAUUUUCAGGAUUAACCAGAAGCAUUAUCGUAGCUUUAAGAUAUAAGGUAAUUUCUUGGCCAUAAUGCAAGCAAGGGGCAGGGCUUUGAACAAGUUUUGAUAGGAAAUUUUGCAAAUGGCUUAUUGUGACAUUUUAAGAAAAUUUCUAAGCAGUUGAAUGUAUUAGGGAAUAUUUACAAAAAAAAAAAAAAAGAAAUAGAGCAAUGACCUUUUUUUACUACACAGCUAAUUUGCUGUCCUUUCCAGUAAACCACAAGGUUCAUUAGUGCUCCAUACUGUUUUGUUUAUGAUGAUAACUGUUUUUAAUGUGAUUUUCCUGACAAAGUGUAAUUAGUGAAACCUUUUAUUCAAUUUUUCCCUUUCUUUGCUUUUUUUAAGGAGAAAUUUCUCCUUCUAUAGUAUAUAUACUUUCUUACAGAGCUUUCUUACCUAUUUUUCUAUAAGAUGAUUUAACAAUCUGAAAUUAAAUGCUCUAUGAGCAAGCUGUAUCACUGUUACACAAUCUAAAGUGCUAAUAUAAUGACUAAGGGCCUGAACCUACUGCCUUUCACUCAGGUUUUGGUUUAACCACACUUCUUUCAUGUUGUGUAGUACCUUUCCCCAUAAACAGCUCCAUCUAUCUCUCUGGAGUGACUCAGAGAAAGGUACUAUUAACAUGAGUAACGGUGGUAAAACUGAGCCUCCUCUCCACUCUUAGCGGGACAUCGGUCAUGAGUAAAGGCUGCUGGCUCUGUCCCAAAAGCAUAGUUAUAGAUUAUAGUUCCCUUGAUCUUCAGUAAUUUUGAACGUGUUUUCUGGUGACUAUAAGCUAAUAACUGAUCGUAGUGAAUACAAAUAUUGAAUUGUGCUGUUAUCAGCAAGGUUAUUAAAGUGUGCUUCACAUUUUAAUUCAUUCUCUCAUUGGGAUUUAAGGAAUUGGGUUUGUGAAGCAUUAUAUUUCGUAGCGAUAGCACACAUUCACCACCUUUUUAAUGUGUAUGAACUAAACGGUAUGUAGCAUUUUCUUGCAUACUUUUAUACUGCCUGUAUGCCACCGAUGCACUCGGUGCCUUGUUUCUUUUGUAUAAGACCAAUCUGUAGAGAAACUAAUGUAUCAUGUGUAAGCAAUGUCACUGCAACUCAAGAGAUGUCUUAACCUGAUUAUCCCUGGUACAGGUGGUUUCCAAUAGCAGUACAGUUUGACACAAUGCAUUUCGUUGAGAUUUUGGCUUUCCUCUUUCCUCCCUCAUCCCUCCUUUCCAGAAACCUCCUCACAUGACUGUUCGUUCCCAACUGAUUCCUGUGUCUGAUGUAAGUCACAUGGUGUUAACCAAAGAACCAAGUCUGUUUCUAAUUCUUCGGACAAACAAUGUUUGGACUCGCUGUUAUUUAAGGCAGAAAUGACAUAAUAGAUCUUUUUGAACAAAUAUAAAAUCAGCUUCUGUAAAUGUGACUCACAGCUGAGAAUUCAAGAUACCUCUUUUCUGACUGGUUGUGCAUUAUUGUAUCGGUAGCAAUGUGCUUGAUUUCUAUUUUUUUGUGUAUUUUAAUCAAAACCACAUCACAAAAAUAUAAGUCAGCGCUGUCAAAUUAGCUUGUUUUACCCAUUUUAUGCGUAGAUCUGAAGUGUGCAAUUUUGAGAACAGAUUCAGGUUUUGUGUCUGAUGUCCUGAUGUUGUACAGUAACUGUCUAGCAUAUACUGGUCAUACAGAAACAGACUCAUGCUGCAUUAUAUGUACAUUUCCUACCGGUUUCCUCUUCAUUGGAUAAUUUAUGUAAGAUAACACGGUUUUCAAUUAAUGUUUCAACUUGAAUUUCCUUAAAAUUCAGUGCAUGUAUAGCCUUAAACAUUUAAGACACCAAGCACAGUUUUAAAGGGAAGAGGUUAUAUUUGCAAGUCCUGUUUAGCACAGAAAUGGGAGAAUUAUUUUUAUAUGUCAAUCAAAGAUCAUAGAAAAUGGAUAUUAUGCAGUCGUGUUACCAACCAUGCUCCUAAUUAUAUGCUUUUAUAAAAAGCAUUUCGGCUGAACUUUUUAGACAUGAAACAUCAGUGCUCAUUUUGCUUCUUGAAUUUGCUGAUUUUGUUGUUGUGCUUUCAUUUCUGUACAAAAUCUUGGAGUCUGUGUUUUCUCUCUGCUUUCAGGAUUCUUGAGCUUCUUUUCCUAUUCUGUGUUUUUAAGUUGAAUAAGCAGUAAUUACAAUUCUUUUUUUUUUUUUAAUUUAUUUUGACAGUAACAUAGAGUGAAUGACUGUUUUCAACUGUUUACGUAACUUAUUAAAUUCUUAGCAGUUUGUUUGAAACUGUCAUUAUAACCCAGAUGAAGAUAUUCUUUUCAUGGCAUCUCAGUCCACAGCAGGUGAAAAUGGAGUUCUGGCAGUGAGUAUGUGGAUCUGCAUAUUGGGUGUCAAAUAGUGAAUCCCCAGAAGGAUUUAUAAUUAUGUGUCACACUGCAUCUACAGCAUUUCCAGUCGCGUGAUGUCAGAUACUUCUUGUUUUGUUUUCUUUAUUAUUAACUAGCAAAGAACCUACUUUUAUCAUUUUGUGCUAGUGUAUAUUAAACUUGAGGGUUUCCAGCGUGCGAGAUUAGUUAGUGUUGUCUGCAUUCUUUCUGUUAAAAAAAAAAAAAAAAAAAACAACAACAACAAAGCUGGUCUUUCAAUGUAUGCAUUCCAUUACUAUUCUGAUUUUGGGAAGAGGCAAAAUGCCACCAGCCAUUUGUAGUUGUAUUUACCUGUACAGCACAGGUAACUUUAAUUCCGUGUUGGUUUGAUGAAAAUAUGCUAUAGUAUACUUUCAGACUGUGGAUCUGUCACAUUAAAACAGUCAUUUUACAUACCUGAAGCUUUGCAGCUGCCAUCUUCAGUUGUUUGCUCUCUCUGUUUGUAUUGGUUACUCUGUGAAAUGUAUUUCUGUCAGUUUUGGGGCAGGAAUGAUAUCCUUUGGUUAAUUCAAAAUAUUUUCUGUGCGUGGAAUCAGCUUUUUGCAUGUGGACUUAAUUGCUGGAAAGUAUUUGAAAAAAGGAAAAAAAUACUUUUAAAACUCGUUGUUGUCACUUUCCUUUGGAGUUCAUUAGAUCUUAAACAAACGUAAUAGACUUCAUUUUUUAGGAGAUACUUUGUCAACUAUUUGAACUGCUGUCUGCAUUAGAAGAAAAACUUAAAUUUUGGCUCUGUUUCCAAAUUUCCUAAGUUUCCACAAUUCCUUUCCAUUUAUCACAGACUCUGUUAGUGUCAUGAAUCUUCUACUUGGAAAAUUUUAAAUUAACCGGUGUGAUAAUGUUCUGACAAAUAUGAUGUGUAUACUGGCAAAUAAAGACACGCUCAGGUUAUAAUUA